AUGGUGCGCUUAAGAUUAAUUACACAUGAUACAGUGAAGCAAGAAAUAACCAAAAGACUUCGUACGACAUCAGCACUAGACGCCACGCAGGCAUUAAGCUCUGAGGAUUCGUGGGACGACGCACCGCUCGAGCUGUUGCGAGUCAAUGUCAAGUUGAAUGAAGAUACGGGCAGCAUUGACAUCGUUCAGAUACAUGCAAGUGACGCAUGUUUGAAGAUCACGACGACUUCAAAGUCCGAUGGGAUUCUACACGUACAACUUCGCAUUGACCCAGACUCAGAGGAGACUGCUGUCGUGAAGAAAGUGGCUCAUUUCGUCGUGGAUGAAAACCAUCAGCACUUUUCCGGUACGGAGAUGCGGUUAGCUGUCCCUUGUCCAGAGGAUACAUUGGAGGUCGAGCGUGCUGCAGACAUGCUAGCUUUGUACUUCCAAACUUUGCGGUACACCGCUCCUCCGUUUGUUAGUGUACAAUUCAAUUUUGAUGUUGGAGAGGUCAGCACCAGCGUCGAAUGUCGCCACAAGGAGGAGCCACUCGACCGGUUCGCUGCUGACCUGCGAGCAAGGGCGGACGACAUCCUGUACGCGGUCCACGACGAUGAAUUUGCUUCCAUCAGCUGCGCCGCGCUGAUGCUUGGGGACACAAAGCCAGGUGGACGGAGCGACAUUGAGGUCUGCUUGCUUCGCUUUGCAAACCACACCCCGCUGGUCAAUAGUGAAGACUUCUUCCUUUGCGGUAUCACCAAGGGAGUCUGCUCCUGGAAGGUGUGGAGGAAAUUCGGUCUUCGUUGUCAACGGACAGACUCGCACCUGGUGAACCAACUCGUUGCAAGGCCAUUGAGAGCGUCAACCGGACGGAAGAUCGAAGACGCCGACGAACCAAUUCGACUAGUCUUGGCAAUUGACGUAUGCGCUGGGGUUAGUGUCAAUAGCGGCAUUAAGUACGCCACCUUGAAGAAGAAAAGCAAAGGAAAUAUGUCGGCUAUCGGAGCGCUACGUGAGCUGGAAAAGGACAAGAAGGGACCAAAGAACGCUGGCAUUAAGGAGCUAUUCCUGAACCUGCCGUCCCGGAUUCGCCAGUCUGGCCCCGUCAAGGGCGGGAUUAACUUUGCUGUGAAGAGCUGGAAGACCUCGGGCCGAUGGCUGUGGGUCCUCUCGACGACUCUGCUGGUGACGCUGGUGCCCCUCAGCAUUGAGAUGCUGCGUGAGGAGCAGACGAACGAGGUGGUGAAGGAGCUGGUGAGCAAGGGAUUCAGCUACAACCAGAUCCAGGGUAUGGGCUACAUGGUGUCGCAGCCGCAGAGCACGCUGUCGACGCCUGCCGAGGGCGCCACGCAGUAGUUUUGACAGCUACCGUAGUUCAUAUCGUCGAUAGCGACAACAAUAGCUGCGCGUAGAUGCGGAGAAAGACACUUCACAACCGCUGGGCGCGUCAGCUGUACAUUUUGCUGAUUUACAUUACCCAGGUUAAAACGAGGACUGCGAUGCUACUGCGUCUGGUAAAGAACGGAAACGAAACAUAGAUCGC